AUGUGGGUUGGGGCCGUGGCUUUAGCCAUGAGCACCGUCGCCCUGGGCCUCCUUCAUCAGAUAUGGACGGAUCCGCUCCGAAAAUACCCCGGCCCCUUCAUCGCGCGUGUAUCCAGGAUCCCCUACAUGUGGCACACUGUCAGAGGCGACACCAUCUUCUGGAUCAAGCAGCUGCACGAGCGUUACGGCGAGGUGGUGCGCGUUGCCCCCGACGAGCUCAGCUACACGACUCGAGACGGCUGGGCCGAGAUCUACGGCCACACGACCGGCGACAGAAGAACCACGCAGAAAGACCCUCGCUUCUACAGUACCUUUGGCAACGCCCAGGACAUCCUCAACGCCGACGACGACACCCACCCGCGCUUCCGCCGCAACUUCUCGCACGGCUUCUCCGACCGCCUGCUCAAGGAGCAGGAGCCCACCAUCCGGCACUACGCCGACCUGUUGGUGCAGAACCUCCGCCAGACCAGCGGCCGCCCCUUCGAUCUCCUCGAGGUCCUCAACUUCACCACAUUCGACAUCAUGGGCGACCUGACCUUCGGCGAGCCGCUGGGGCUCCUGGAGGGGUCCCCCGAGUAUAUCCCCUGGAUCAAAGUGGUCUUUGCGACGGUCAAGUCGGUGGUUCUGUUCCGGCUGGGCCGCUACUUCCCCCUCCUCAUGCCGCUGGUCACGCACCUUUUGAUCCCCAAGUCGCUGCAGCGCGAGCAGAUGCAGAACUUCCAGAACUGCAUCGAGCGAGUCGACCGGCGCCUGGCAAAGAAGGACGCCCGACCCGACAUCUGGGGGUUGAUUUUGAGACGCGAGGUCGACAACGAGGACAAGGGCAGGGCGCGUCUGACCGUUGAAGAAAUGUACACCAACUCGCAGAUCUUCAUGAUCGCCGGCACGGAGACGACGGCCACCCUCCUCUCGGGACUGACUUACUACCUGCUCACGAACCCGGACAAGCUGGCGAUCCUGCGCAGCGAGAUCGAGACCGCGUUCCCAGGCGGCGACGGCGAGAUGACCAUCUCCCGACUGGCAGCGUUGCCUUACCUAAACGCGUGCAUCGAAGAGGGGCUGCGCAUGUAUCCCCCCGUCCCCGUCGGCCUUCCACGGCUGGUUCCCGCCGAGGGCAAGAUGAUCAACGGGGAGCGAGUCCCGGGCAAGUACUUUAAGAACCCAGACCAGUUUGUCCCCGAGCGCUGGACAGGCAGCGAGGAGUACGCGGGCGACCACCGGAAGGCGCUGCAGCCGUUCUCGUUUGGGCCGCGCAACUGCCUAGGAAGGAAUCUCGCCUACCACGAAAUGCGUCUUAUCCUGGCCAAGGUGAUUAGGAACCUGGAGCUAAGGCUGUGCCCCGAGUCGGUCGGAUGGAGUGAGCAGAAGGUGUUUAAUGUGUGGGAGAAGCGGCCGCUCAUGGUGUCGGCUCGGGCGAUGAUGGUCUAG